AUACAAUGAGUUUGCUAUCCAUUGUGAAGUCAUCAAGGUUGAAGUCACAUACCGGUACUUGUUUUCUUGAUGGUUGUUGAACCACAAAAUCAAAUGCACCGGUGUGUCUGGAACAAAAAAGAUGAAGCUUGAGGAUGAAAAUCGGAAAUAUCAAAAGGGUUGAGGAGAGUUGUAAGACAACAAUGUAUGCCUAAUAUGCCGUAAAUCUGUUUCGAGCCUGAAGUCUUAUAAUUUGGAAAUUAUGAAGUCGAAGCAUAGAAGUACGCUGACGAACAAAAAUUUGACAAGCCAGUUAGUUACAUUGUGCGGUAUCAAGAAUACACGUUGAUAUUAAACAGUUGAGCAAUGACAAUCGAAGGCAAGUUUCGCACUAGAAAAAUUGCUAACUUCAUUUUCCCCCCCAUUUUUUACGCCUAUGUAUGUGCAUUUUGCAUAAAAGUUGAGUUGAAUUUCAUGAUUAAUGGUCUUUGUGUGCAUCUUGUGUUCAGAAAUCCGCAAAAGUGUUAUGCAAUCCAGGCGUUUAAUUUAGCAACGCACAAAUUAUAACGUAAAUCAGAACUGGUUUGGUAUUUAAGUUUUGUAAAAAGGUUUGCUGCCCGCAAUGAAUUUCCCCAUGUGAAAGUGGCCCGCGACACUAAAUAGGUUGGACAUGCCUGCUCAAGUAGAAUGCAGGGAGUAAGGGAGGUAACAGCUAACGAUUCUCAAACUGAUAUCAUUUACCAAAAUCAGCAAGUAGACAACUACAAGGUUACACUGUGUGGCUUCGAAUCCUGUCAUGUGUAUAUUUGAAAUCUGUCGUGGACAAGUCUGCCCUAUGGAUCUUGUUGGAAUUGAAAUUGCAGAAGACAACCAAUUUUCAAAUCCAUCUGUUCAAAAUAAUCCGAAUCCUAGAAACUUGAUAUACUCUUUCAUGGGUGUUAUUUUAGGACUGAUAGCUGAUAUUGAUAUUGAGAGUGAAAGUCUUCGUUGUUUGGGUGGAGAUUUAAGAACUUCUAUAUAUGGAAUUAUUCGAAUUAUUUCAUUGAGAAAAUAUGACAUAGAGAUCAGUUAUUUACCAUUUGAAGAAAAAACAUCAAAGAGAUCAAUUCCGUCGCAAUCUGAUGCUGCAGAGGCUUUUGCAGAUAAUCAAGGAAAGGGUGAUUUUGAAUGUAGUAACAAUAAAACUUUUGAUACUGCAUCGCCUCGGCCACCACCAUUGCAUGAAUCUUUGCCCGGUAACUGGAUCACUGAAAGGGACAACUUUGUCAUGGUAAUGGCCAAUUUUAUGUCUCAUAUUGCUGAUGUAAAUUUGUGUUACUGUGACUGCAAACUCAAUGAUGGUAAAAUAAAUUUGAAUUUGUGUGGUCAGAAUACUACUCGAAGAGAGUUGAUGAGAGCGUGGACUCAAAUGGAAGAUGGCACUGGCGUAGGAGGAAAUUCAGAUUUUCCUAAACCUAUUGGUAAAACAAUUGAAUGUACAGCAUUUCGUAUUGUACCAAAGAGAAACCGUUCACAAAUUAUAGCAGCUGAUGGUGAAGUACUUCCUUACGGACCUUUUCAAUGUCAUAUAUUACCAGGCUUAGCAAGGGUAAUGACGUCAAAGAAGAAUUAGAAUGAUUUACAGCAUGAAACAUCCGCUCUUCCAACUCAGAUUGAGGUUUUUUCUCCUAUUCAUACAUGUAGUUUAUUGUGAUCAUGUUUGUUGUAUAGUAGAAAUUAUGCUCUGCCAUGUAUGAAGCGAUUAAUUAAGAUUAUAAUCAUAUCAUAUAGUACUUAUUCGUGGUUUUGGCACGGUACUCAACUACUCACCAACGAUUUGUACUUUUAGAUAGACAAAAUGCAUUUGUAACUUAUUUUGUAGUACUAUGCAAUUAUAUACUAUAGUAAUCCACAUAUAUAAUCCAGUAUUGUCAUAUGAACAUACCAUGUAGUGUUGUGAACCAUAUUAUUUAUUUUAAGUUCUGUCUAUUUUUUCUCUGGUUCAAAAAAUUGAUUCGUUGAAGAAUGCAGUCCAAAUACUAGAUAGGUUGAAAAUUUUUAUUGAAUACUUUUCGUUCUAAUUAAUGUUCAAAUUUACUUAUUAAAAUAAAUAAUUUAAAUUCCUGUUGUGUUUUGACUAACUUCUCAACUAUAAUUGCUAUUAACAUAAAAGUAAAAUCAGUAAAUUUAAUGAAAAACUUAUUAAUUUACUAGUCUUUAUUACUUAUCUACUGAAGUGGUAUAGUGCUGAUCAUUGGAGGUUCCUAGACCUUUAUUCAACCCAAUAUUUCGUAAGAAUUUGUCCCAAAUUAUAGAAAUUUAAACCAAGUUAUUGUCAAGGAUUGAGACGAUGAUAAUUUUCAUUUUUCUAAAUUUGCACCCACAGCUGAACAAUGUAUUAGUGGCCUAUGUUACAACUACAAGUACGGUAAAUCCGAAUUUAUCAUUAUUAAAUCACAAAAACAAACACUGUAGAAUAUUCAGAGUAUAUGAUCUAAUGUUGUCCUAUUAUUGUGAACUUCUACUUGUUUGUUCCAUGUGAACUUUGUCGGAAUCAGACAUUUGUUCUGAUAAUACUCAUCACUCAACCAUAUUUAAAUAAUUUUCAUAUGAUAUUCAAUCUUUCUCUCAAAAAAUAGUCGAUACCAAAUUUUCAAUACAUAUUUUGACUACAAUACAAUUUUUUCAUAUACUAAAAUAAUCAGCAUUCCAUGAAACUGUGAAAGACCAAUAGCUCUAUAAUUAUUAUAAUCUUAGUUCAUAUAACUAUAAUUGAUUUUAGAAGUUGAAGUAGCAUGAUUUCAACUUCACCCAGGAAUUUUGAAUUACCUUUUAUCAUCGAGUCACAUUUUUUGAAAACAUUGGCCGCUUUCUCAAGUAUGUGUCAUUAAUAAAAGCAUGUUCAGGAUAUUUAUUUUUGGAAUAAGUUUGUACUUUCAUAAUAUUCUGAGUCAAGUUUCAUUCAUGUUUAUUACUUAAAUUUCAUAGUAGUUCUUCUGAAAAAUAUUAUCGAUAUUUAUUGAAGCGUAUAUGAUACAUAGUGUUGUUUCAGUAUUAUCAUAAGCUGAUUUAUUUAAGAUUAAUUGAAUAAAUUCUAUUGUUUCAAAGUUCCAAGCUUAAAUAUUCCUCAUCUAACAUGCUCAACUGGUGAGCCAUAGGUUGAUAUGUUUAACAGUUUUGAUUGUAAUCAAAAUGCAUGUUUGAAUUUGAAUAAAACUUAAAAGCCUUUGUCAGAUUAAAUGACCAAUCCAUCAGACCCAUAAAAAAUUUUAUAGUUUAUUAAUUUCCCGUUGUCCUUUUGGUUCUGUUUUGUGACUAUAUUAUGUGUUGUAUAUAAUUCUGCCAUCAAUUU